GCUGGCGGAACGAAUCAAAAUCCCAAAAAGGAUGUUUAUAUUUUUUGCGUAUGCGAACCGCCGUCUAUGAUGUGUUACAGUUUUAAUUGAAUAGAAACUCCAUCGUAUCGAAAUCGGAAGCGCCAGAAAAAAUAUAUCAAACACCUUGCUAAGCAGCUUUAAUGGCCGGAUCGAAGCAGGUCUCAGAUGAGAAUGUGAAAGCACCAAACAUUUUUGAAAGAGCCAAGGAGGAGAUCCAGGCGGUAAUGCACAGCGAAAUAUUGCAUCGCCAUCGGGAGGAAACUCACGGCAGGAGUAAUCACAUUGAUGAAAAUACCCCAAUAGAUGAUGUCAAAGCUCCUAAUGUGUUUCAGCGAGCGAAGGAGGAGAUUGAGGCUCUCAUUCAAACUAUUCAUCCUGAAAAUGAAAGCAAAAGGGAUCAGUCGAUGGAGGUUGAAUCAGAGAAAAGUGUUAAGCCGACCAAUUUAAUUGAAAAAGCCAAGGAAGAGAUUCAAGCAUUUAUCCACCAUGAAAAUUUGCCUCGCAUUCAUCACAAAGAAACUCAUGGAAGGAGAGAUGAUAUCGAUGAGACUACUCCAAUUGAUGAAAUCAAAGGGCCAAGUAUUUUGCAAAGAGCUAAGGAAGAACUCGAAGCCCUUGUUGAAACCAUCCACCCAAAGAAGGAAUCCAGCGAUUAUGUGCCUUCAAAGGUGAAGGAAGAAGGUGGCUUUGGAGCUUCUAUUGGGAGAGGACUCGAAAAGGUAUGUUCACCAGAUAAGGCAUGUGGGAUUGGAGCUUCCAUUGGAAAAGGGCUUGAAAAAGUUUGCUCUCCUCGGGGUAGUACUAAGAAAGACUAAAUUGUUGUAUAGCAAAUGACUGUUCUUGCCUGGCUUUUGAGGUUUUAUUAUUGAAUGUUGAUGAACCUCUGUUACUGUG